GAGGAAAAAAAAAAAACGCAGUCGAUAGAGCUCCACCACCACCGCCUUCUCCUCCGCCGCUCGAUCAAUCGAAAUCUGCCGCUCUCAGAUCUCUCAAACCCUAGAAGAAGCUGUCAAGACUCAAAGAGACGAUGUUCGCGAGACCCAAAGUCGACCCGACCUCCGGACCCGUCGUGAUCCGCGAGGUCUGGGCCCACAACCUCGAGUCCGAGUUCGACCUCAUCCGCCACGUCAUCGACUCCCACCCCUUCAUCGCCAUGGACACCGAGUUCCCCGGCGUCGUCUUCCGCCCCCCUCCGCCUCCCCCCAACGGCGGGUACCGCCGCCUCCGCCCCUCCGACCACUACCGCCUCCUCAAGUCCAACGUCGACGCCCUCAGCCUCAUCCAGGUCGGCCUCACCUUCUCCGACUCCCGCGGCAACCUCCCCGACCUCGGCUCCUCCGGCGGCUGCCGCUACAUCUGGGAGUUCAACUUCAGGGACUUCGACGUCGCGCGUGACGCCCACGCCCCGGACUCGAUCGAGCUCCUGCGCCGCCAGGGGAUCGACUUCGAGCGGAACCGGGAGGAGGGGAUCGACUCGGCCCUGUUCGCCGAGCUGAUGAUGUCGUCCGGCCUGCUGUGCAACGACUCGGUGAGCUGGGUCACGUUCCACAGCGCCUACGACUUCGGGUACCUGGUCAAGAUCCUGACCCGGCGGGGCCUUCCCGACCGGCUCGGCGAGUUCCUGGACGUCCUCCGGGUCUUCUUCGGGAGCCGGGUGUACGACGUGAAGCACAUGACCCGGUUCUGCAACAGCCUCUACGGGGGGUUGGACCGGGUGGCCAGGACGCUGGAGGUGGACCGGGCGGUCGGGAAGUGCCAUCAGGCCGGUUCGGACAGCCUGCUGACGUGGCACGCGUUCCGGAAGAUGUGGGACGUGUACUUUGUACGGGAUGGGCCGGAGAAGCAUGCCGGUGUCCUGUUUGGGCUAGAGGCUUAUUAAUGAUGAUUGAUAAAAAAUUAAAUAAAUGAAAAAAAUUCGU